CCUGGUCUGUAUCUGUGAGGCUGCAGGUGCCGCUCCGUGUUCUGAGGGGGGCGCCGGUGAGCUGAGUGCGGCGCUCAGGCUGAUCUGUAGAGAAAGAAGCAGAGGGACGGCGGAGCUUCGGGAGGAGACGCAGCGCUAAAUCUAUCACAUUUGACCGAGUAAUCGCUACACCAAACCUAAAAAAUCAGACAUGUCUGCUGAACCAAACUAUCGCAGGACUAAACCUGGAAUGAGAACCUGCAUUCCUGCUGCGAAUGGUGCGUCCGGACCUUCGUCACAGAUUCCUGGUUUGUCACAGACUGCUAACGAUGUACCUGAGGAGAAGUCCAAAGGGCGACGAGUAGGAAUUCAGGCCACUGAUUCAGACUAUGUUAAACUGGCCAAACAAGGAGGACACAGGGGGUUAUUGUCUCAUGAUGAUGUUGAGGAUGCUCAAAGCAAGUCCAGCAGUUCAAUGAAGCGCCCUGAGUGGCUUGCUGGUACUGAUGGUCAGCAAAGCCAAGGCAAAGCAUCCACACAGAGGCUGGUGGCCCCGUUUGGGACUGAUGAGUCUUCAGCAUGGGACAUAGAGUCAGAUGGCGCUGGUGCUAAUAAAACAAAGGUUUCUGUCAGCCCUGUGGCUCAGGACUUUGAAAAGCUUGCCCUGAGCCCAGAGGAGAUUGAGGAAGCCUGCAAGUACAAGAGGCUGUCACAUGACAAGAAAGCAGCAGCCCCUGUCAGCAUGUCUAAGCUGUUGAGCUUUGGAUACAUGGAGGAUGAAAAGAAGUCUCCAGAGGAUGAUGCUUCAAGUAUGACCUCAGAGCAGACCAGCACAAUUGCCCCUGAGGAUGAGUUGGAGUAGAUUAAAAAAGUGGCAGACAUUUCAGCUUGAGUCACGCAGGUGGCCAACCGACCAUUCCCCGUCCUUUAUGCUUCCUGUUUAUGCAAGUUCUUUUGGUCAUUGUUACGUUUUAACGUCAUUUGUGUCAUGCUUACAUAUCUAAUGGUGCUUGUGAUCUUUGAGUUUCUAUGCCCCCCUCAAAAUGAAGUGCUGUUUGUACAGAACUUAAAUACAAGCCACUCUAUACUGCAGCACAGAGUGAGGCCUUCUAGGCACUGACGUGGCAUCGGCCCAAACUAGUCUUCAGGUUUUUCAUUUUUUCAUAAAUUUCACCAUUUGACAAUAUGCCAAUAUUUUUUCCUUAUUUAUGUAUUUAUUUAUUUAUAUUUUUCUACUGACAAGAAAUGCAUAACCUACUUAUAUCUUAACGUAGAAGUGCUGCAGCCACUGGCAGAUUCCAACCUUUUUUCGCCUUGGAUUGGGAAACACAUGCAGAUGUGUGCCAAUUACAAGUCCUCAUCACUGUCACUUCAAAUGCACUAGAAAUGGGACGAGUGUUGUGAUGUGUCGAGACCUGUCAGGGGGUUCAAGGAGCUUGCGAACGUGAAUGUCUUGUUAUGCUGUGCGACAUUGUUUUAGGUGUGAUGGUAAAUAAUUUUUCUUAGAUUCAGGUUUAGUAGAUGUGCUACACUGAGUUUAACUCUGUAUGGGGUUUUCUCUCUCCUGUUAUGAAGUUUACAGUCACUGUCAAUUAAUGUUGACCAUUGAUAGCUGAAUAAAGAUGCAUGUGCAUGAGAA